AAAAUGGCAGUCUGUCAUCACGAUUGUUGUGUGGAAAACGUAGGAUUUUGUGUUUUUUUUUUUUUUUUUUUUUAAAUCUUCAACUAAAUAAGAAGAAUUAAUUUCAUUGAAAUACAGAAUUACAUUAUCAUUAAGACAUGUAAUGGAUAACUUUGAAAGAGAUGAACUGGAUGAUAGUGAAGAAGAUACAGUGACUGAUUAUUCCCAAAUUAACGCUGCUACACAUGAUAUUAAUAGUAUUGAUUCAACAGAUUUUGUGUUGAGAACAAUGCCUAGCAGUACUCUUGUUCCUACAAUUAGUAUAACACCUCAUUCAUCAGCCGGGAGAAAUUAUCCAGUCCUUGAAGAUAAUAUACAACAUCUACAUGAAAUACAUGAAGCCCUUCAACAGAUGCGUGAUUCAGCUACAUUAGGAUUAACUCAAAUUAUAAAUGAUUGUGGAAUAAGCCAUUCAUUAAGUUCAUCUUGUCCUUCAUUAAGUAAACCUCGUUGUCAAUAUGAUAUAGAUACUUCCAGUCUUAAUUCUUCUCCUACUCAUCCAGAUUUAUCUUCAACAUUUGAUUCAAAUAGUAAACACAGAACUGGAUUUGUUAGACAUAAAAACUCUCUUAAUUGGCUAAACAUGGUAACAAAUUGUGUUGAAUCUAAAGAAAAUGAAAUUAUGCGAAGAAGGAGUUGGGCAGCAUUGGAUGAUAUGACAAAAAAUCAUAUGAAUAGUUUACAAAUUGUGAAACAACAAAAAAGUGCCAGUUUGAGUAGUAUGGAAUCUGAGACAGAAGAUCCGUUUUCAGAUAGUACAGCAAAUUUGUUAACUGACAGUUCUUCAUUUCGUACUCAAAAGUUAAAUACAAAUGUGGGUCUAAUCAGUCGUAGGUUUAGUGGAAAUUCUUCUACACACUCGCUUAAUGAGGCUGACUAUCAGAAUGGUUUUAACAAAAUAAUUGAAAAACGAGCAGUAAAAGAUAUUAACAUGUUAACAUGUUUGUUACAACCCAGAAUUCCUUUACAAAAAUCUGUUUCCACACCAUCAAUUAUGGGUACACAUGAUAUUUUGAACAAAGAAAAUGUUAUAAAUAAUGAUGUCAAUAGUAUACCGAUUAAAUACAAAAAUCCUACCCACCAUAGAGGUCGUCCUAGUGGUACAGAAGAUAGUGAGACUGAAGAAGAAACAUUGGAUGUAGAUAGUACAAUGAAACGUUGUUAUAAUAUUACCCCUUCGUCUGAUAACACAAAUAUACCUUUCUACAAUUUGUUUUCUGACAUGUCAGAAGAUCAAAAUGCAAAAAGAAGAAAAAGAGGAAGCUUGUUUUUUAGAAAGAAAAAAGAUAAGUCAAAGAAAAUUUUACAUUCAUGGAUAUCUCCACCAUAUAGUAACUUUGAACAGUCAUGUGAUUGGUGUUCAAAACCUUUAGAAAAUAAACCAGCUUUAUCUUGUGAGAGCUGUUUAAUUACGGUUCAUCAAAAUUCAUGUAAAGAUUUAGUUACUGAUUGUAUCAAACAAAAAUAUGGAAAGAGUAAUUUAAGAUUUCCUUCAGCCUCAUUCCAGCAAAGGUUUUAUGGAAAACGUCAAAAUAAUACUAAUCAGUCUUCCUCACCAAAUAGGAAAUUUAUGGUGCAGUUUUACUCUCCUUGGAAAGUGGUAGCAAACAAAUUAGGUGUAAACCACCCCGAAGAAAAAGAAGAUACUCACUAUAAUUCCCAAGAUGGAGUAGUUUACUCAGACGAAGUUUCAUUGGUUCAAUUUGAGUUCUUAAAUGAAAAUCAUAUAACAGCUCAUGAUUUAGAAACUGAUCCAGCAUUGGGACUCCAUGAAGAGCAACCUGAUUCAUGGUCACCUACUGUUACUAAAGAAAUAGUGAAAAGGUUGAAAGAUAAAGAAAUAAAACGUCAAGAACAUAUUUAUGAAUUUGUUUUAACUGAAAAACACCAUUGCCUUACUCUAAGAGUCAUGCAAAAAGUAUUUGCUGAUGGCUUACAAAAACAUUUUCAGCUGGGUGACAAAGUUUAUCGCAUGUUUCCUAGGUUGGCUGAACUUACAGAAAUACAUAUAGCAUUUUUAAAAAAUCUAAAAGAAAAGCAACGUUUAGCUAUUCUUAGUAAUGAUGGUAUUGUAGACUCCAUUGCAGAUUUACUAUUAGAUCAGUUUUCCAACGUUAAUGCUCAACGGUUGAAGAGUGCUUAUGGAGAGUUUUGUUCCAGACAUAGAGAUGCUUUGGAUGUUUACAAAGUAUUAGAAAAAGAUCCAGCUUUCUUUAAUUUUAUCAAACAUUGUCAGGCCAACCCAUUAUUAAAAAAAAAAGGUAUUCCUGAGUGUGUAUUGUUUGUUACUCAAAGACUUACUAAGUAUCCAUUGCUGAUUGAACCUCUUAUAAAAACAUCAAAAGAAAAUAAGAUUGAAUGUGAAAAGCUUUCAAGAGCAUUAGCUAUGGUCAAGGAUAUUUUGGUAGAAGUAGAUUCUCAAGUAGCUGAAAAAGAAAAGGAAGAUAGAAAACUAGAAAUAUAUAACCGAAUGGAAGCUAAAUCGUUCACUAAUUUUAAAGGUGGUAAAUUCAAAAAAUCUGAUUUAUUAUCAGAGAAUAGAAGACUGAGAUUUGAAGGAACAGCCUAUCUAAUGCAACGUCACGCAAAAACUCAAAUGGUUAUGGUCAAUGUAAUUGUCAUGACUGAUGUAUUGUUUUUUAUUCUUGAAAAUAACCACAAGUAUACUUUUUUUAUGCCUGAAAGCAAUAAAGAAAAAGAAACAAAAGUUUUAAAACCAGUUGCUGGAGUAGUAUCUUUACAAAAACUUUUAGUCAGAGAAAAAGCUGGAACUGAUACCAAAGGAAUUUAUUUAAUUUCUUCUAAUCCUGCUGAACCAGAAAUGUUUGAACUCAAAGUACAUAAGCCUAAAGAUAAGCAAGUAUGGAUACAAUCUAUUCGUUCAGCUGUUAAGGAAUGUCCUGAAGAAGAAGAUGAUAGAUAUACAACAUUAAGCAUCGAAGAAAGACAAAGGCAACUAGAAACUAAAAAAAACAAUAUAAGAGAAAUUGUUGGAGUCUUAAGACAAAAAGAUGUAGAACAAGCAUUAAUUUUGGAAGAAAAAAUGGGUUUACAGCUAAAACUUUUAGCAUCUGCUGGAGUAGAGAGCUUACCUGUAGAAACUCCAUCAUAUUGUCAUUUAGUUACAGAACAUCAAGAUUCAGAAAAAAUACGGAAAGAAGUGAUGAAUGCUAUACAGAAAGUUAAUGAACUAGCUUGUUCAUUAUAUGCUUCUGGUACGAAUUUGUCUCGUAGUGCGAGUUCAGUUGGUGAACACCAAAGUGUAACAUAUGUUUCACCAACAUUACCCAAACGAGCUGAAACAUUUGGUGGAUUUGAUAAUUCUCUAUCAUCUCCAAAAAAUGUUCUGAGAAAAUUACCAAAAGUUAUGGAUGGUAAUGAAAAUAGUGUAGAGUCUGGUAAUUCCAGUCCGAUGGGCACUCCUUGUUCCACUCGCAAAGAUUCAAAAUUGAGAGGAGAAGGCAAUAUUGCAUGGAAAGAAAAUUGUAGUACCAGCUCAUCACAAAGUGCCACUACAAUACAAUCUUCUGGAGAGUUUCCUACAUUAUUGGCUUUGGGAAAAGAACAACAAGCUACAGCAAUGGAACUAACUCAUCAUAUUUACACUUUAUCAUCUAUAAUUUCACAACAGAUGACAAAUAUUGACAGCUUACAAGCUGAGUUAGCUGCCUACAAAUCUCAGAAUCUGCUUGAAGAUACUUCAGUAAAUAGUUCAAAUAUGAGUUCAAGCUCAGGGUUAAAAGAUAAAAGACCAAUUUAUAGGCACAAUCAGCAAUUAGAAGAACUACGUAACCUUCAAGAUAAAUUAACACAAGAAAAAGAAUUAUGGAUGAGGGAACGUGAUUCUGAAAUGAAGGAUUUAGAAGAAAAAAGAGAGCAAUUACUCAGAUUACAGGAACAAGUUAGACUUGAACAAACUGAUGUUACCCAACAACGAGAGCAGCUUUAUCUCAAAUUACAAAUGUUGACUAAUCAAGGUAUUAUUGUGUCUCCUAACAUGCAACCACCACCUGUGUCUCCAAAUCAACAGACUCAAAAUCUAUCAUCCUCUGAUGGAAUUACUCAUCCGUUGUCUCAUUCAGAAUCUGUACGUAGUAAACGAUCUGAUUCUAUGAAAUGGAAACAGCAUACUCCUCCUUCAUCCACUUCUUCAUCUACAUUACCUAUAAAUCUGAUUAGUACUACUAACCAACAAAAGGUUGCAGCUUCCAAAGUUCAAAUAAAACAGAAAUUACCUUUUAAAUUAGCCAACAAAUUAAGUAAUAGCAGUUUGAGUACUACUACUGAACCAGCUGUAUCCAAUGCUGUAACUUCAUCUUCUCAAACAGCAUAUGCUUCUUUUCAACAGCUUUUGCCACUAAAGUUACGUGAGAGUGCCAAAAACCCCAUGAAUUCUGUUCAAAAUAGUCUUAAUGAAGUAUUGUCACCAACAAAUCAACAAGGUCCUAGUCAUUCACGGACAGGAUCUAGUCCAGCUAUGAUGCAAAGCGCUCAGGUGAUGGAAGGUAAACAGUCUGGUAAUAAAGCUGGGAGAACAAACACUUAUCCUAAGUUGCCUGAAAAGUUUCGCAUCCGUAGCCAAGAUUCAAAACAACCUAAAAUACCAACAUCACCCAAUAAUAGUAGUAACAACGACAUUAAUGUUACUACCACUAACGAAGAAGAGGUGAUAUUCUUUUGACCAUAAUCAUUUUCUAUCUUAACAAUCUUUAUUACUGAUUAGUGGAUCUCUUUGUUUAUUUAUAAAAGGACAAACUAUUAUGGACAUUCUUAGACAAUAAUUUUAUGAAUACUUUAUCAUAUGUAUGUCUCCCAUUCCAAUAUUUAACUUUAGAGUCUUUUAGAGUCAUAAGAAUUGUUUACCUAAUACUUUUUUUUCCUUAAGUAAUAUAAAAUAUAAU